UCGGGGACGCGCAGCUCUCUCUGGUACCACCCCCUUCCCCAUUUCGGGCUCUCUCUCCUUAUUUCUCCUUCUCUUGCAGUGUGAUGUGUGGUCAUAUGACAGGGUCUGAAUACCAACACACUCGACAUGAGCGAGGAGGCGUAAACCGGAGAAAACAAGUGGCUAAGUGUGUGUCGCGGACACUGAGAGAGCGUGAGCGGUUACUGGGGAACGCCUAUCUGACUGAAACUGCGGAGAAGAAAAUUAGUUUAAAGCAACGGGGGACACUAACUAACUAACUUUAACUAGAGUUUAGGCAUAUUCGACCCAGCGAAGUUAAAAUAUAUAUAUAUUUACAAAUCGCCUCGCGCUAUUGCUUUCCCCUUUUCAGAGCGGUGUGUGCCAAAUCUCAGAAUCGGAGGAGGCUGGGGCUUGAGGAAGCAGUUCGGACAUAACUUUAAAAUAAAAGUAUAAUUUUUUUGUUAAGCGUCGGCCCUGAUUUUGGCUGGUAAACUUGAGUUGUGAGUUUGACAAUGGUCGGUGAGAUGAGUGAGCAGGUCCGGGAAAGACCCAGACCAAGGCCCAGCCCGGACUACCUGAUGCAGUUGAUGACAGACCGGAAGGUGAUGAGCUCGCUGCCCAACUUCACUGGCAUCUUCACUCACCUGGAGCGGCUCUUAGACGAAGAGAUAGGUAGAGUGCGCAAGGACAUGUAUAACAACUCAAUGAAUGGCGGUGUGGCUGCUGAGGGGCGGGACUCCGAGGAGCUGCCUGAUGGGAUUGGUCCAGUGGCUCAGCUGCAGGAGAAGCUCUACGUGCCCGUUAAAGAGUACCCCGACUUUAACUUUGUAGGUAGGAUACUGGGUCCAAGGGGUCUAACAGCCAAACAGCUGGAGGCAGAGACGGGCUGUAAGAUCAUGGUACGAGGAAAAGGAUCCAUGAGAGACAAGAAGAAGGAAGAGCUGAACAGAGGGAAACCUAACUGGGAACACCUAAGUGAGGAACUUCAUGUUCUCAUCACAGUGGAAGACUCACACAACAGAGCUCAGAUCAAACUACUAAGAGCUACCGCAGAGGUCAAGAAACUACUCGUACCAGCUGCUGAUGGAGAGGACAGUCUAAAAAAGAUGCAGCUAAUGGAGCUCGCCAUUCUCAACGGAACCUACAGAGACGCCAACAUCAAGCAACCCACUAUGGCCUUCUCCCUAGCCUCCUCUCAGCAGCCUCGGCUCAUCUCCAGCCCCUCCCCUGUCAUGCAGCAGGCUAUGCGAAGCCCCGCCCCUGGUCAACAGCCCAACCUCAUGCCUCACCUGAUUCGUCAGAUCCAGAGUCAGCAGGCCCUCAUGCAAGGAGCCAAUCAGCACGCAGCACUGAUGCAGCAAUCACCUGAAUCAGGAGGGUUCUUCUACGCUCCCUACGAAUAUUCCCCCUACACCCUAACUCCAUCUAUACUAGAAUACCCCAUGGACACUACUGGUGUACUAGGAGCGAUGACGGCUCAGGUGCAACGCCACAAUAUGAGAGCCCAUCCUUACCAAAGAGUAGUGAACACCGACAGAGCUGCCACGGCAACUAACCCCUGACCUCUGCCCACUGAUGACCCGCCCGUGCCUCGCUCGUUGCCAUGCUCUGGACAACAGCCACGCCCCUCCCCCAGAGUCACCUCUGCCUAACCAACCAGAGACCAGCGGCCAUGGUAACGACCCUUCAGGACCCAAUCAGGACCCAGUCACCAGCCACACCCACCCAAACACUACACUAUCAAGCCAUGUGCCACUUUUAUAGGAAACCCCACAGCCAAACCACCCAACCACAACCCCCUUUAACCAAAUCUCCUCAAUCUGCACUGGUCAGAUAACCUGGCUCUAUUCCUUGCCCUGCACUGAGUCAAUGUGGAGCUAUAAUAUUAUAAUAAUUCAAUAAUCCAUAUAAUAACAGUCAUAUAUGUAUGAUCAUAAUUAUACUUGUCGAGCACACUGACCCUCCACGCCCACUAGUCUGACUGUCCCUGUUCUCAAAACGUCACUGUCACAAAACGUUACUUAGAUCGGGAUUACCAGGGCACACCAGUUUCACACAAGGUCCUCUCUAAGACUAGAGUCUCGACUGUUGCACCAUGCCUGCCUUUCUACAGUGAGCGGAGCCUAUCUAAUGUGUAAGAUCUAAGCUCUCCAGGUAUAGUCUCAACCACAACGUUACAGUAUUAUAGAAAUGCGGAGAACAAAGUGCCUUUUAGUUAUUUAAAUAGAUCUGUUACAGACCAGCCUUUUUAUGAAGGCUUUCUAAUCUCCAUGAAAGAGGAAUAACCUGACGCCAUCUUUUCUAUCAACACAGUGAAAGAGAUGUGGUGUAUUUUACAGAACCCAUCUCAAUGCUGUGGUUUAACAUAAACCCACACGUCUUCUGGGUUUAGAGUGAAGUGCCAAAGGGUCUGUUCCUUCCGUUUGUGCAGUAGGAUCUUCUCAGCACAGUAUUAAUUUUGUGUCUUUAUUUUAUUUUGGGGAGUGAUGUUUAUGUAUUUGUGUGUGUGUGUCUGCCUUUGAGAACACACUCUAUCGUAUAGUGUUGUGUUAUUAGAUGUGUGUGUGUGUGUGUGUGUGUGUUACAUAUUUGAGCCCCUAACUAGCCUCUUGCCAAGCGGUUGUGUUUACUCCACACAAACCGUCUCCUUCAAGACAAAACAUGGACAAUACUGUACAUGUAUAACAUCUGUAACAUCUGUUUUAUAAUGCAAUUUUAUAUUAUAUUUUUUAUGUGAGAAAUAACAUUAAAUUAUGUUUUCAGAUAAGAACAGUAUGCCUUACUAUGAAUAUAUUUUUUCAUUCAGUUUAAGAGAUAAUAUUGCCUCCAGCCAAUGUGCCAUUCACAAAGUGUCCGAAGUGUUUUUAAAGUCCUGAUGUACUGAAAACCUUCACAUUUUCUGGAAGAUUCUUGUUUUUCAAGUUAAUCUCAGUGUUGCUUACCUUCUGUAACUUCUGUAUGUAAAGGAGGAUUAACUCUGUAGUACUGAAUAUUAAUCUACUCUUUGUACUAACUGACCAGUCCUGUACUUUUAACCUCUUUACUCAUAUCUGUCUCUGCUUUGGUUUCUUUUCAAAUAUAUACUGUGUGAAUCAGAUAAUUAAAAAGUGUUGUUAAUGUUUAACUUUUUAAAAGCUGGUUAAAAAAAAUAACUCUUUGUACUGGAAAACGAUAACAUAUUAUUAAACUGGUAGUUUAAAAAAACUAACAAACUUUGUCACUUUUUCUCUGUAGCAUCUAAAGUUUCCUCAGAGCUUCCUUUCUGCGUACUAAUCUUAGACACACUGCAGAUACUAUUGGAAUACACUUAUAUACUUUAGAAAGAAAGUACGCUAGACAUACUUGUUCCCCCUUCCCCCUCAUCUCUCUGGCUCUCUCCCACUCAAACAGCUAGACAGAUUUUAAAAAGGAGAUUCCAAGAUGAUGGGCAAUCUGAAGCAAAUCGAUUGUGCAACCUAACCUCACUCACUCACACCUACCUACCUACCCACACACAAACAUGCAAACACAUCUUCUGAGCGAACUAUACUGGAACACCGUGGCUCUCCCUAACAUAUAGUAUCUCUCUCAUUCCACGGUUAAUUACAGCCAUGUGUCAUAUUUUAACUGCUGUACAUUCUUUCUCUCGAAGACUGCACCCAAGCACACAUACGGUAUAUAGACCUAUAAAAUAUUUCUUUGACAGGGCUGUCAGUGGGUUGUUCUCUCCCUGCCCUUCCUACACCCUCUCUGGGUGUAAUUGAGGUAAUUGAGCCCCAGGCUUGGCUCUGGGCCUGUGUUCCGGAUACUGCCCCUGCAGCUGUUGGGGGAGAAGGAGUAUGAUCUGGCAACCCGCUAGACUAGAGUGUGGGAGCAAGAACAUCAAUAUGACUGUCCUAUGGAAGGAGAGUGGGCUAAAAGAGAAAGAUUGAGAAUGAGUGCGAGGGAGAAGAAGAAAUGCCAAGGAAGAGAAGAUAAAGGUUUGCCUUUCCCCAUAUGCUCCCUUUUCCUACUGCGUCAUUCUCCCAUUUGGGGUUUGAGGCAGAUGCACCUGUCAGAAACAUCUAGAACACUGUGUGUGUUUGUGUGUGUGUGCUCUCGAUUUUGGCUGUUCCUGUUUUGUCUAGUUUUAUGAUGUUCAGUCCAGGAUCCAGUGGUGGAAAAAGUUCCUUUACAGAAAAUUACUCAAGUAACCCAGUAAAAUACUACUUGAGUAAAAGUCUAAGUAUUUUGUUUUAAAUAUACUUAAGUAUCAAAAGUAAAUGUAAUUGCUAAAAUAUACUUGGGUAUCAAAAUUAAAAGUAUAAAUCGAUUCAAAUUCCUUAUAUUAAGCAAACCUGGAUAGCCAGGGGCAGACCUACACUCAGACAUAAUUUACAAACGAUGCAUUUGUGUUGAGUUAGUCAGCCCGAUCCGAGGCAGUUGAGAUGACCAGGGAUAUUCUCUUGACAAGUGUGUGAAUUGGACCAUUUUCCUGUCCUGCUAAGCAUUCCAAAUGUAACGAGUACACUUGGGUGUCAGGGAAAAUGUAAAAUGUUUUCUUAACGAAUGUAGUGAAGUAAAAGUUUUCAUAAAUAUAAAUAGUAAAAUCAUUUUUUCUUAAGUACUUAGCACCACUGCCAGGAUCUCUCAGACUUUCGCCAGACCAUGUGGUAAGCUCCUCUCCUCUCUGUCUAAUCUAGCCGACAGACAAUACUAGCCCACAGCUUCCAAUACUCGGAUAACCAUGUCAUUGCUACCUUGAAAGGAAAUUCAUAUAGCAAGUCAAAACGUACAAAUAUCUAGGAGUUUGAGUGAAUGAGAAGCUGAGCUUCACUAAUCAUGUUGAGAAGCUGGUAAAGAAACUCAAGUUGGGCCUCCCGAGUGGCGUGGUGGUCUAAGGCGUCACUACAGACCCAGGUUCCUUCCCAGACUGUGUAACAGCCUGCCGAGACCAAUGAGGCGGCACACAAUUGGCCCAGCGUCGUUCGGGUUAGGGGAGUGUUUGGCCGGCCAGGAUUUCCUUGACCCUUCACGCUCUAGCGACUCCUUGUGGAGGACCGGGCGCCUGUAAGCUGGCCUGGGUCGCCAGCUGGACGGUGUUUCCUCCGACACAUUGGUGCGGCUGGCUUCCGGCUUAAGCGAGCAGUGUCAAGAAGCAGUGUGGCUUGUCAGGGUCGUAUUUUGGAGGACGCAUGGUUCUCGACCUUCGCCUUUCCCGAGUCCAUAGGGGAGUUGCAGCGAUGGGACAAGACUGUAACUACCAUUUGGAUAUCCAGAAAUUGGGGAGAAAAAGUGGUAAAAGUAAAAAAAAAUUGAGAAUAGGUUUUUAUUACCUUCAUAAGGUUUGUUUUUCUUUGGAGCCAGAAAAGCGCUGAUACGGUGUACAUUCCUGUCUGUGUUGGACUACAGUGAUGUUAUUUACAUGCCAACCUCAAGUUCUACCCUGAAGACACUUGAUUCUGUGCAGCAUGCAUCCUUUAAGAUUACCACCAACCAAAAGCGUCUCACACAUCACUAUGAUCUCUAUAGUGCUGUUGGCUGGUCUUCUUUGACUCCACGUAGGCUUAAAUAUUGGUGUACUAUGAUCUACACUGAAUAUACAAACAUUAAGAACCCCUUCCUAACAUUGGGUUGCACCCCCCCACCCCCACACUUUUGCUGUCAGAACAGCCUCAAUUUGUCAGGGCAUGGAAUCUACAAGGUGUGGAAAGCGUUCCACAGGGAUACUGGCCCAUGUUGACUCCAAAUCUUCCCACAGUUGUCAAGUUGGCUUGAUGUCCUUUGGGUGGGUGACACUACACAUAGGAAACUGUUGAGCGUGAACAAUCCAGCAGUGUAGCAGUGUUGCAGUUCCUGACACAAAACAAUGUGCCUGGCACCUACUACCAGACCAUAGCUUGAAACACCAGAAUCUUGUUUCCUUUGAGGAGUUUAAAAGUUUGCUUGACUCACAUGUUACUGAGGAAUGUGAUUGUCAUUAGGGCUUCAUGCGGUGUUACAUAUGGUUGAUUUUUAUCUACGACGUUGGAAUGUUUCUGUAAUUGUAACGUAUAAAUGUUGUUAAUGGUGUGUCUAUGCCUGAUAUUUGUCAGAAACAUGGUUCCCCCCUGUCUUGUUAGGACCAGGUCUCACUUGAAAAAUAGAUUUGAUCUCAAUGAGACUAACCUGGAUAUAUAAAGGCUAUAUCAAAUAAAAUUGUAAAACACUGCACUGAGCCUGUUUAAAGA